AUGAUCCCUAAAACCAUUAACAUGUAUAUUUUAAGAUGGUCUCUGAAUGGGAAGGAACUGUCGAAUGUACGGGAGAACUGGCAUCGACUUCGGUUAACACGCGACCUCCUAAAUUCUACUCUGCGAUGCACUGCGAUCUCCAAUCAAGCUGGCUAUGCAGAAACUGUUUUAAAUUUUACUUCGCCACCGCAGUUCCUACAGGCCUUCACCCUCCUUUACGCCGGUUCGGUCGGAGAGAGUGCUCGGUUGGAGUGUGCCACCGAGGGUAACCCCCCGCCGCGAAUUGAAUGGCGUCGCAGCAGGACUGGCGAUCUACUGGGACGUGGCCGAUUUCUCCACCGGCCCAAAAUCCAACCAGAGGAUUUUGGCCCCUAUACCUGCAUCGCUACUGUCCGCGGGUAUCCGUCAAUCUCGAAGGAGGUCUGGCUAUCGGAGAAAACUGCUCCGUCAAUCAAGCCUACGGAGGUCGUGUUGGCACCCGCGGGUGCCCCAGCAAGACUCACCUGUACCGUACUAUCAGUCCCCCUGCCGCCGGCAAACGAAGCACACUGGUAUCGCCGGGGUAUUCGGGUCAACCAAGCUGCACACCGCACCUUCGGGAGCGAAGAAUUUACGGGUGGCGUGGUCUACGUCCUGAAGUUCAGCCAAGUUUUGCCCACAGACUUUGGUUUCUACAACUGUACUGCUAGCAAUGGCUUCGGAAGCGCCUCGCAGACUAUCGAGCUCCGUCAAAAAGCAAAAAAUCGGCAUCGUGGUGGUGCCGAAGUCUUUACUCUUAAAUACUAG